GGACUAGAUUUACCUUACACAGACCUAUAGUACUGAAUAUGAGCCUGUUUUAUCCAAUGUAAAAUGUGAAUUAAAGCCGUGUAUACCACUGGUGGGACCGGCUGGAAGACAAGAAUUGAGACCCUCUAGUGCACGCCUUACGAACCAUGAAGGACGAACCACGAGUUUAAUUGAAAGUCGAGGAUUCCAUUCAUGGAAUGCUGCUAUACAGGCCAUUUCUUCUUGUGUUAUUGAUGUCGAACAGUAUCAAGACUACAUGGAAGAAAUGUCAGUUGGCCAAUUUAUCACGAAUAAGUUCAAUAUUCGUAAAAUUUUGCUUUCUAAAGGGUCAAAAGUGUUCAGGAUUGACUAUUUGCUUGUUUCUGUAAAAUCCAUUGUACCAGCUGAUCCUAACUUAAUCCUUGUGGUUACGGACAAAACUGGACAAAUGCUUGGUUGUUUACACAAAGACGCUAUAGCGACUUAUCGCAACAGCAUAAGCCCAGGAUCGACGAUUUUAUUGUGUGAUAUUUCAGUUUACGUUCCUGCCGGGCACAACCCAUAUUUACUUAUAACUGGGUGUAAUAUCAAGCAUAUAUUUGACGGAAUUUUUAGAAGUACAAACGUUCCUUGAUACUGUGAAAUAUGCACAGUACGUAAAACGUUCAUACUCGUAAUGUGGAAGGCCAUCAAAUGAAAAUGGUAGCUAAAUGUAAAUGUAUUCGAAACAUGGAUACAUAAUGUAAUGUUUUGUAUAUU